AUGACGCGACCUCAUAUAAUCAGAGCAGACACGAUCGAUCUACAGGACAAGACGUCGCCCACCGCCCAGGACCAUUCUCAGCAGCCACAGCACCCGGCACCUCUUGGAAUAGGCCCAGCCGCGCCUCAUCAACAGGCCGCUAUUCGACAUGUAGAGGAAGAGCGCCAUUCCGAAGAGGCGCGUCUGCACGACGCCUGGAGCGAUGCUGGCACGACGCUGCAAGACGACCCCGGCUCCGAUGACGAGCGCACGGUUGUGAACAAUUCCAAUGGUCAGAGGGGCGCCGGUCAAGAUGAUCAGGCUGUCAAGCUAAACGGGGGUACUUCUGGCGACAGUGACGAUGCGGACAUGCAGGACGCCGAUGAGGAGGACAUGGACGAUGACAUGAUGGACAAAAUAUCGAGCUCGCCCUCGAUAGACGAUGAGUCAACGGAGCAUCAUCGUGAGGAUAUCGACUUCGAAUUCGUCUACGCCCUACACACUUUUGUCGCGACCGUCGAGGGUCAAGCAAACGCAACAAAAGGCGACACGAUGGUAUUACUUGAUGACAGUAACAGCUACUGGUGGCUGGUACGAGUCGUCAAGGACAAUAGCAUUGGUUACCUGCCCGCAGAACACAUCGAAACGCCCACAGAACGGCUAGCGCGUCUCAACAAGCACAGAAACAUCGAUCUUUCAGCGACGAUGCUCGGCGAUACAGCAGAGAAAUCCAAGAACCCACUUAAGAAGGCUAUGCGACGGAGGAAUGCGAAGACAGUACAGUUCGCACCGCCUACAUAUGUCGAAGCUUCAGACUACGACUAUUCAUCGGAUGAGGGUGAAGGCGAGCUUUUUGGUGGCCCGGAGCCCAAGCAACAGCAAGCAGCCGCACAAAACGACGAAGCUGCCCAGGAAGGCGACCUACAGGUACAACCGCUCAAGGUUAACGGCGGAAAGAAGGAUGCCAACGGCCAAAUCGAUGGCGAUGUACGAAGCUCAAGCGAAGACUCUGCCAAACGAGGAGAAGACCAACAAAGAGGAAGUGAAGAUGCGGUUGACCGGCCAUUGGAUCCCAAAGUAUCACGUAAUGGUACGGUUCGAAACACAGACUCGUUCUUUAAGGACGAAAAUACCGAAACACGCAAAAUCACACUCACCCCUAAUAUCCUCCGCGACGACUCGAAUCCAGCAGCGGGAGGCAAUCGCGAGCGCGGGGCCAGUCUUGAGAGUUUGGAGAAGAAUGGAUUUGCAGAUAAAGUCAAAGAUGAUAAGAGGAAGAAAGAGAAGAAGUCGGGAAUGCUCAGUGGGCUCUUCAAGCGCAAGGACAAGAAGGGCAAGGGUGCGCAGGGUUCCAUAGAUGAUGACAUUGAGAAGCCAGAUGAGGCUGAUCGUAGCUCGCCACAGUCGAAACCAUCGGAUGAGUCCUUGGAGCGGCCAUCGGCUGAGCAGACGACAACUACGGCAUCGGCGCCCGCCAGGCAAUCAAGUAAGGGCAAGCUGCACAAGAAUCAGCGUAGCCGGGACGAUUCUCCACAAAAGACCAAGGGUAUCUUGAAGACCGAAAGCCCGACCGAGAUGACUGCAGAGUCGGAAAUUCAGCCGGAUGACAACCAGCCUGCUGCCCAACAAACCACAUCGUCUGUGCGUCUGGUAUCACCAGAGCAGGGUGACACAGUCAAACCAUCCGUAGAAGAGCAGUCGGCAGUAUCUAGUCCAGCAUCCAAUGCUGGGGCUUCGAGGAAUCCGUUUACGAACAUGAUGAAGCCCCAACAAGAAGGGGAAGUCAAGCGGGAAAAAGUACACAAGGCAAAGCAGCGUAUGCAGCUCGAUGACUUCGACUCGGAUGAGAGCAGCGAUCCUUUUGCGGAUCCUGACGCUCAGAGUAAGCCGGCCAAGACCGAGGCAUCCGAAAAACCCGGGCGCCUUUCAGAAUCGCCAGUCCAUGUCUCUGCAGCAGAUGCGCAACCAUCGCAGAAAGAGAAUACAACGGAUAGAGACAAAGAGUCGGACGUUCACCAUGUUCCCGGUCUGUCGACCGAUAGCUCCAGCCAAGAGACAAGCUCGCCAAUAUCAACGCCAACACCCGACGACAGCCCUAUGAAAACCAUCCCAGAGGACACAACAAUUUCCAAAUUUUACUCUGAAACCCCUUCAACUACACAUACUACCAUGAAUCCACCCGGCCCCCCACCUUCCGGACCCGCGCCCAUGCCCUCAAAGGAUCGCGAACCCUCACCACCCGUCUCCUCCGAAAGUACAAUGCUACCCGCAUGGUCUGACGCCUCCCUUCGCGCCUACCUGGACGACGGCAGCGAAAUUCGGGACAUGUUGGUUGUCAUCAACGAUACCACCGGCGUCGUACCCGUGGGUCCCGACCACCCUUGGAUGAAGGACUACCUCGCCGAGGAAACGAAAACUAUGCAAGGCUUGAGCGGUGAGCUGGACCGGUUGCUCAACGGGCUAAUGGAAAAAUCAAUGAGGAGGGCGGGGAGCGGCGCGAGUAAAGCCAGUACGCGUAGUGCGAAUGGUAACUUGACCGCAGGGAGGUUUUGA